CGUAUCAGUUCGUAUUUUGCCCGCCGUAUUUCGUUUCCUCAUUCGUUUUUCGCAAAAUAUCAGCCGUCUUCAAAAGCACGUGUAAAAUUUCCGUUAAAAAUUAGAUUUCGGCCGAGUUGUCCGUAGUUUAGAUUGUAAUUUUCGUAUAAGUCGUUAAUCGUUUUAAAUUGUAAGAAAUAAUGUCUCGGCGAACCCCGAUAAAAGAACUAAUCGCAGAAGAAAGUAGUACACCUUCUAGUCCUGUAAGAAGAUCGACUCGAAUAGCAGUACGCAGACCGUCAGUGACCGAUGAAAAUCAUGAAGUGGACAAACUAAGCGUAUCUUCGACUGGGAGUCAAAGAUCUAUAAGCACCCGAAGCAGAGCUGCUAGCAAGUCACCACUUACCCUGGCCAACGAAGAGGAGCAGAAGUUGCCUGCAAAACGAACUCGGCGUAGAGGAUCUACUUCAAGUUUAAUCGAGGAAGAAUUGGAGACGAUGGCCCGGUCCUCGCCUAUUCCUCCUAAAAUCGGUAGGCGUACUUCAGGUCGCUCAAUGAGUUGCUCGCCUAUAACAGAAAUGGAAAAUGUACUAAAAAGCAGUACCCCUCAGAAAGAGGUCAGAGGCAGAAGAAGAACGUCCGCCUUAAUUGAACCUGUUACGCUGGAAUCUAUUAAAGAGGUCGAAACCAAAUCACCGAGAACUAGCAUUUCAACAGAAGAAACGAGAGAUGAAGAUUUACCUUUUAAAAAGAAAAAAGCUGUACUACUGCAAACGAUUACUGAAAACGUUCCAGAUGAGGUUAGUAGGCACACUAAAGUUAAUGGUGGUGUGCAUUUGGAAGAAAAAAAAGGAAAUGCCAUUGGAGAUUCUGAAGCAUCAGUUGUUUCUGGCACAGAAAAGAGUGCCUUGGCUGAAGAAAAAAAACUAGUUAUUUUGCUUCAUGAUAUCAGCUCAUCAGAGGGAAAAGGAGUUGUUACAGAUUUAUGUGAAAAAUCUGAAGAUGAGCUUCACAAUACCGAUUCUUCAGGUGAAAAAGAAACUGUGUCACAUUCAACAGAACAAUCUACGGGUGCUAAAGUUCCUAAACGUAAAUCACAUUCGGGCAUGGAUACCACCGCAGAGAUUGGUGAUCCGCUUGAAAAAGAAAAUGUUGAGGACGCAGAGAAACGACUAUUGAACAGUUUUGAAGAUAAACAAGCGGAAAUGGUAAACACUGAACAGUCGAUAGUUGAAAGUUCUUUUGAUGAACCUAUGGAUGUAGAUGUUACUGCAACACCUUCCAAAACCACAGUAAGGGAAAGUAUGGAUAUACAAGAAUUCACUCAAGCUGAAAAGGAAGAGGAAAUGCAUCGCAAACCUGAAAAGGAUCCAUCAAGUUCAACAGUGGAGAAAGUAUCGACUCUUUCGGAUGAAGCUGUACUAAACACUUCAAAGGAGUCAACACUGAAAUCUCUUAAAGAUAGCAGCACAGAUCUUCCACCAGAUGUGCCAGGCACUCCUAAAUCCAAAACCAUGUCAAAAGCGAUCCCACACGAAAAAUCUCUAUCGUCAUCUUCAAGUAAACAUGCAUUAGUUGAUGAAGAAGAUCUCAGUGAAAAUAUUGUGGAAAGUUCACAAAAAGAUUCUCCAAAACGAACUUCUUUAGAGAAAAAAUUGGACUCUCCUUCCCAUAAGACAAAAUUGGACACUCCUAAUGCACCAAGUCCUGUCCUAGUAGCAAGUACUAUAACUCCUCUGCGAAGAAGUCCACGGUUACUUUCACAUUCCGGCAUGAAAGAUAGUGUUGACAUUACAAGCUCACCAGACAAAAACGACCAAGAGAAAGUAUCCGAAGAUACGGCUUUGCCUUCACGUUCAAGCAUUAAGGAUAGUAUUGACAUUGCAAGCUCACCAGUUGAAAACAAUCGUGAAACAGUAUGCGAAGAUAUAGCUGCUAGUAAAGACAUUUGUGUGAAGAAUGUAGUGGAAAAUCGGUCUAAUACAGACGAAAAGCUUAAUAAAACCUUCAAUUCCACUAUCGAUUUGGAUUUAGAUCCUGCACUAAAAGAAAAAAUUUCCACUCUUACUGAAGCAUUAGAGAUUGAUAGCAGUAGUGACGCAGAAUCUGUGACACACUAUAUUGAUGACAUGGCAGAGGAAGGCGAAGAAGACACCCCAUCUGAAGGGAGCAACGAUAUUAUCGAUAUAGGCGAAUCUGUUGGCAGCACUGCAUCUGAAAUAGACAGCGAAGAGAGCUACGAAGUGGACUCUUUCAUUGAUGAUGAUGAAGAAGAGCUUGAAUUGCUGUCUGGUGAAGAAUAUGACUUGGGCCAAGAGAAACCUAAAAAGACUGGUAAAUUAAAAAAACGAAUAGUACAGAUACCAGAUAGUUCAGAUGAAGAAUGCAAGAAAGAUGAAGAAGAACAGGUCAUCCAUAUUGCAGAUAGUGAGACCGAAGCAAAUAAAGCCAAAGAGGAUUCCGACAUGGAGAAUAUGUCGACAAGACCGUACUGUGGCCUAUCUCCACCUGUAGCCAUAUCGAUUAGAGAUUCGCCAGAAUGUGACGAGACACUACAAACUAAUAGACUUGAAGAGGAAAUUUGUACGGCCAAUUUAAUAAAUAAGGAAGACAAUUUGGAAAGUUUAGAACACAUUAAGGAGCACAAAAAAGAUCCUGUUACGCCGGAAAAAUCAGUCGUUCAGAAAAUAAGUGAAACUACAAAUAUACAAUCUGAUCAAACGCUAAACACCCCCAACAACAGCAUUUUACAUGAAAAUGUAUCCCUUACAGAAACUAAAAGACGCAGGAAAUCGUCAAUUAAUAUAAAAGAGAAUGUGACUGUGGCGGAAAUAGCAGAUGGAAGUGUUAGUGAUCGUAUUUUGAAGGUAGUUGAAGCCUUUUGCUCCACUGUUAAUCAGCCUCAUGAAGUAUCAUCUGGGAAUGUUUCUCUCAAUCUUUCCUUGGAUUAUAUAGGUACUUCACCUCCACGAGAAAAUGAUGAUGAAACGGUGGGGAGAAAGCGGGUACUUUCUGACAGUGGAGUAGAAUUUUAUCAGGCCAAAAAAAGACUUUCAAAGGACAGUGGGCGGUUAUCGAACAAAAGGAGAAGCAAUGAUCCAUUUGUGGUUGAGACCCAAAAUGAAACCCUUCGGUCUCCCUCAAAGAAAACAAAAAUCAAUAGUGAUGAACAGGCGAAUGUGUGGGAUGUGAGUCUCCCUAAUAAACAAAGGAACAGCUUUACAGAAUCGUCACCUAAAAAGUUGGGUAUACCUCAAAUUAGGCCAGAAGAAGAACGUAUUAAUAUACUUGAGGAUAUAGUUAUUCCAGAACCAAAAAGGAGUCCUAAAAAAAAGAAACAAUCUUUGAAUGUUGAAACCGAUGGCGGUACAACUCUCUCUCCCAGGAAGAAGGUAAGCCUGUGUGAAGCGUUUAUAGUAACUGAAGAGAACCAGUCUGCUAAGGAGACAAAGAUUACUCCCAAAAAGCAACGAAACCUUUCUGAUUCUACUAAUACUGUACAUAGUGAUAUUCAGUCAAUGCAAAUCGUAGAAACGAAGCUCAAAAAGAAAUCUGGAAAGAAAAAGUCAAGUACAGAUGUGAAAAACGACGAGAAUAUUGCAUCCUCACUUGGCACAAACCUAAACCAUACUUUUGAAUUGUCCGGAAAAGAGGACAAUAUUGUCUCUCAAAAAGGUCGCAAAAAAAAUAAAAAGAGAGAGCUGAUCUCUGAAUCUGAGAACGUCUUUGCAGAACCAUCAACGUCUGCAGAAAACGAAAGUGAUGACAUUAGAACCAAAAAAUCCAAACGGACAAAGUUAGCGGAAUCCAUAGUAAAAGAAGAUACGAAAAUAACUAAAAAGAAGAAAUCCAACAGUAAGAAUACCUUAGAACUUGAAGCACCGAGUCAAAGUCAAAAAAGGCCUAAAAGUAAAGAUGGGAAAAAAUCCAAGCCUAAACCUGCAAGUGAUUCUGAAAUGUCGGAUGAUCUAGAUGAACAGUUACAUGGUAAGUACAGUAAAUUAGAAAAGACUGAAGGUUUGAAAUCCAAGAGCAAAAGUAAAAAGAAUCCACCUGUCAUCUCGGUUGAGUGUAUACCAGAAAAGGUUUCAUCGAGCGAAGGUAGCUGGAAAAUUGAAUAUUUACCCGCUAACGUUAAACAGGCCUUACAAAUAUUAGAAGUAAAGAAAGUGAAAUCUACCACAGUUUAUCGUAAACCAAAAUUGCUUCCUAGUUCUAAUAAUCCACAAGACUCCUGGGAUUUAGAUGUGUUAAAUGUGACCGCGAAGCCAACAACUAGUAAAAAAUUACCCGAACAUCACCCGAAGGAUUUUAAAGGUCGGUCGACGUUCGAUUCCAAAAGGGUCAGGCGAAUGGAAACAAAAGAAUUAUUAAAAUCUAAGGAAAAACGGAAGGUGUAAUUUUUUUACUUGCCUACUAUAAGACUUAUUGUUUCAGUCGCAUUAUUAUUGUAAUUAUCGUUUUCUUAUUGAUCAUGUUAUAAAGAUUUCAAUGGUAUUCAUUAAAUUAUCUUAAGAUUCUACCCUUUGUAACCGCAAGUUUUUUUUUAAAUAAAUACUGCUACAGUGCUUGUAAA